GCCAGAUUAGAUGGAAACAGUGAAAUCGUAAUUUCGUGUUCUAGUGCAAUUUUCAACAUAUUCAUACGGGCCAGUGUAAUAGCCGGUUGUGUAAAUAAUUCGUGUUGUGAGAGUCAAAUGUCCCCUUUAAAUAUUAAACGACUGGUGGCAGAGAUACCGAAUGUCAUCAAUAAAUUCUCAGUCUGUAGCUAUGGACGUUGACACUCCAUCCAACGGACCCGGUACUUUAAAAAGGUGCUCUAGCGCUCCCAUGAUUAAUGAAACUAAUGCCAAUAUGACCACGGCAAACCCAUCAACCUCAACAGCAAGGGAUCCUCAGCCCUUUAACAUAUUUCAAAACAUAAGCCAGCCCAGAACAAGGAGGUUCAGUGCCAGUUUUAGCCCAGUACCUGGUUCACCUGUGUCAAGUUUACGUCUAACCCCCCGGAUCAACCAAUUAAGACAAGAAGAGCACGCUGAUGUGAGCAAUCUAAGAGAGUUGGCCCACGAAAGAGAAAUACAUCACACCAUGCAAAUAUCUCAGUCCUGGGAAGAUUUGAGCAUAAUGAAUGAAUCUCAAAGUGAAGCAAACAAAAUCGGAAAAAUGGGACCAUUGCAUGUAAACUUACCUCCCUAUGGUCUAAACUGCAACUCUCCAUCACCCACCAGGCUGACCUCUCCAGGUUUUCAGAGCCCUACACGAACAUCAACAAGAAGCAUUUUUAGACGAAGUGCUUCUCCAGUCCUAAGGCCAAGCCCACUGAUAAGUGCAAAGAGAAAAUUGGAUGAUGAUAAAUUGGAUUAUCACAUGAGCCCUAGAGCUAAAAGGGUGCACAGCUAUUCUGUGGAUCGAGGAGGCCUAUUAACCACCACCCCUAGUUCACUGCCAGGGUCUUUGAGCUCAGUCGGCACACCCGAAUCUUUAUCCAGUGCCGACUCCCCAGGUUUUACAUUCAGAAAUGUCGAUAGCCCGUCUCCAAGCAGAGCUUUGACAUCUGAGCCUAUGAUCGUUUCUAAGAACGAUCAUGAUAUGACAGAAAGUCCCAGUUAAUUGUCUUUUUUGUCGGUUUCUUAAUUUAAAAGAUUUCCCGUUAUUUGUGAAUCAAAGAGAUAUGGUUGAACUUUAUUAAAUUCUCGCAAAAAAGCUUAUGAAAAAACCAACAGUGAAUUUUUUUGUUAUUCACCAAUGGCCAUUUGUUUUUUAAUUUUUGUUGGUUUUUCACUGAUUAUAAUGGAAACACAUGAUAUUUGACUUUAGUCACAAUAACUAAUCAUGGGAUAUUAUCAAUUAAGUGUUUUGGGAAUGUUUUAUAAAUUUCAGGUUUAGCCAAUUCAACCAAUUAGUUAUUUAAUUAAUGUAAAUAUGUUUAUAAUUAAUCAAUCAUGCCAUACUUAUGUUUUAAAUCAUGAUCUUCCAGCUUUUAAAAUAAUGUGCGAGAUUAUGACGACACUGUUACAACAUAAACACGGAAUUGUGAACUUGUGUAAUAAUGAUAAGCAAUUUGGAUGAAAUUAUUUUUAAGUGUUUUUGUUUUAUGGUUAAAAAAUGAAUAUCUAGUCUUUAAUUAUAUUGUUAAUUUAAUUUUAACCUAAAAGACUCCU